CACCGGCGUGUGAGCGACGGGAAGGAGGUCCCGCAUGAAGAUUUAUGGCCGUAUCCGGCCCCCUGUGCACCGAGCACGUCUCCGACCUCUCCGAGACAAACAGUGGAAUGGAAGACCCGACCCGGGCCGGGGAAAGCGGCCAGGGCCGGAGGCGGAGCCGAGACGCGCCGGGAUCCUCCGGGCCGAGCCUGCUACUUCAGCCCUGGCUCUGGGGCUUGGGCGCCGCGUCCUUGGUCUUCCUGGAGGGUCGGGACCCCUCUUGGCUGGGCUGGCUGAACCUCCGCUCGGCGCCGAAUCGUGGCUGAGCCAGUCGCAGCACCAGAGGGAUGGCGAGAAUGGAUGUCCCGGGCGCAGCCUCUCCGGGUUUUCGCGGUGCCCGGGCCGGGAGCUCCCUGGUUGCCAGACCCGGGACCUGGAAAACUGGCGCUUUUAAGCCCCAGAUCCGGCCAGGGCUUCCCGAGCCGGUGGCAGAGGCCGGCGAACGCUCGAGGUCCCUUUCACCAAGAAGCUGGCACAGCGAGGGAACUGAGGUCCCCACCGGGAAGGCGGUUUGGGGAGACGGGUGGUGGUGGCUCAUAUGUCUUCGCCUACGAAAGGAUGCCCAUUUUCUUCCCGGGAAGGGUAAGGGGAGAAUGUAUUCAGGCGGCCAGCAACACCAGGGUUCCAGAAAGAGUCGGGUUCAGCCCUGAAAAGAACAGAGUUGACCAAGGCGCGGGGCUGUGCCUCCACGACAAAGGCGCGGCCGAGGAGAACCGGACUCAAAGUUGGCCUGUCCUUUGGUUUUAAAACAAAGGGGAAUAAUUUUGUCAGUG